AUGUUGAAGUCAUUCGAUAGCCAAGCACUCGGACGAACGAAUGAGGUCUUGCGGGAUUACCUCCAAAGAAAAAGGAACAAUGCCAAUGUUACGUUCACCGUGCAACCAAGGUCGCCAUUUUCGGUGGAACUAGACGAGUUCAAAGCACCCAAGAGAUUCAACAUGCUGAAGUUCCAGAUAUACGACAGUAAGUCCGACCCUAACUUCUAUGUUGGUUUAUACCUAAAUGCAAUGUCCAUGUGGAGUGGAAAUGAACAGUUAUUGUGUAAGGUGUUCCCGUCAACAUUUGGGGAAAUAACAUCAGAUUGGUUCCUAAAGUUGCUGAAGGGAUUAAUCAAGAGGUGGGAAGGCUGGGCCGAGAUGUUUGUGGCCAGAUUGAUGAUGCAAAGCCUUAGGGCUUACGCCAAGAGGUUUUACGAGCUUUAUAACUGGAUUUCGACAUGUAACCAGGAGCUAGCAGUCGUUUCCUUUAAGAACGACUUAGAGGAUGACUGUCUACUUCAACAAUCUCUUGCAAAGACCCUUCCAAAAAGCAUGGAGGAUCUAAUGGCAAGGAUUGAAAAGUAUGCAUGCGAAGAGGAUGACAAGAAAUCAAAGAAAUGA